AGAUGGUCAGUCUGUCCGUUUGAGGGGCUGGGUUUCUCUUCUAUCCAAAAAGAGGAAAAAAAGUCAGAGUUUCAAGCAUGACGAGACAAAGACACUGACUGAAUCAUUGACAAAUAAUGAUAUAAAAACUUUAACAACUCACCAUGGCUAUAAGGGAGCUCAAAGUUUGCCUUUUAGGGGACACUGGAGUUGGAAAAUCCAGUAUUGUUUGCCGGUUCGUUCAGGAUCACUUUGACCACAACAUUAGUCCCACAAUAGGAGCAUCAUUCCUGACCAAGACGGUGCCAUGCGGAAAUGAAUUACACAAAUUUCUGAUCUGGGAUACAGCCGGACAGGAAAGGUUUCACUCAUUAGCUCCCAUGUACUACCGAGGAUCGGCGGCUGCUGUCAUUGUUUAUGACAUAACUAAACUGGACUCUUUCCAGACACUGAAGAAGUGGGUGAAGGAGCUGAAGGAACAUGGUCCAGAGGACAUUGUUGUAGCCAUAGCAGGAAACAAGAAUGAUUUAGGGGACAUCAGGGAAGUUCCUAUGAAGGAAGCUAAGGAGUUUGCUGAAUCAAUUGCAGCUAUUUUCAUCGAGACUAGUGCCAGGAAUGCUGUCAAUGUUGAGGAGCUCUUUCAGAAAAUCAGUAAACAGAUUCCUCCCCUGGAAAAUCCUGAGGUGGACAGCAACGAGUCCUUUAAACUCACCCGGCAGCCAGCUUUGUCCACCAGGAGAUGCUGCUAGUACCAACAGUGGCAGAUGAGAUUACUUCCUUCAGCACCAGGGACCCCACCAGCACAGCUCAUAGUCCACAAUGCACACAGUGUCUUACUCCAGGGAAAGACAAGACAGUGGACAGACAGAUGCCAGCUUGCACAUGUGGUCACCUGCAACAUGAAACAGAAAACCUGCCAACAGUAUUAUAUGGGUCAGUGGACGUCAUUUCAUUUAAUUGAAGCAGUUUCAAGUUUGAUGAGGUUAGGAAGCAGAAAGCCAUCCGUUUGUUCCCCUCAGGUGAUGCCUGAAUUACAUUAAGAUUUCUGUCUGUGUAUUGAGAUGGAAAAGCUCAUUUCAAAAGGAAGUUUUAACCCACUAUCUAUGGUAACUUUAAAUUUAAGCACAAAUGAAUAACAAGUCAUCUGGCUGAUGUGCUCAUUAAAACUGGUUGUAGAUGCAACUACAUUUUCAUUGUAAGAGUCGACUGCUCUGUAGAUUUUCAUUGCACUGUGGCUCUUCAAUGUUUCGCCUUAAAUGAAAGUUUUUUCUUUUUUAUAUUCAUUAUUAUCAAGAGUAGACUUUUCCUUCUGGUGGAGCUUUUGUGUUCAUGUGUGUGUGUCACCAUAGAAUUUCUUUAGAAUAUUUGAAUAAGAUGUUGUUCAGAUUGAACCUUAGACAAGCAUUCAGUUGUAUAGCUCAGAUGCUGCGGCUUUACAUUCCACUUUGUCAUGUGUUCUCACACACAUUUGCUGCAUAAGGGUUUAACUGUAAUGCUGCAGAAUGAACAGCUUAGAGCCCUAAAUUGUAAUUACAGUUUGACACUCCCUGUUGAAACACUGUGACCAAUACUAGAAUUGUUUACAUAGUGAUUUGUUAAAGAUGUUUUCUACAUGCUGAAAUGUAUUGUCUGAGAUUUCACUACAGGGAAUGACUGUAUACGACUCCCAAACAUGAGAAGUAUUUUUUACCUGAAAAAGGGUUACAUUUAUAAUAUUAAGAAGAGAAAAGACCUGCAUGUAUUUUACUCUGAACAUGUCUACAGCUGUUUAAGUUUCAAAAAAACAUUGUGUUGUAUAUACUGACCAAACUCUAAAAGAACUUUUGGAAUCUACCCCUGACUUUUUGGCUUUGAAAAAGGGGGACAAAAUGGUAAGAAGGAAGACGGUCCUCAGCCCAACUGUGUAAAAUGAGAUUCUGAAUUGUGUUUGCUGCAGAUUCUUUGGCAGGAGUACCUUUGGAUUUGACCACUUUAGACAUUUGUAACAGCACUUUGACCACAGUAUUAGUCAUGAGUGACCUUUUAAUAUGUUGCAGUACUCCAUAACAGUAUGAUUAAAGAUUGAAAUGGACAAUUAAGUUAAAUUCGAUAGACAUUAACAUUAUUCUAGUUCCACGUUUGUAUUGUGUAAAAAAAACAUGUUUACAUUUGUACUUUGUCAGUUAUAAAAUGUACAGUUUUAACCACUUCUAAUGAAGCUUAGUGUAUGAUGCAAUUAUAGUCUAAUUUUGCCAAUAGGUACUGUUCUCUGUAUGGAAAGUCUCACCAAUCUCCAUUCAAAAAUCAAACACACAGGACAUUCCUCCCAGAAUGUGAUGUGACCCGAUUUUGUUUUUAACCCUAAGGUUUUCUUGGGUAAAUGUGCCACAUACGUAAUCCAUCAAUGAUCUUUUAGUACAAACAAAUGUCAACCAUAUGACUGCAAUCUUCUGACAAAAUGUAUGGCAGUGAUUACCUGAAAGUGGAUUAGGGAUUACUAAGUGAGUCAAAUCUACAGCACAGCAAAUCAAAAAUACAGAUCUUUCAAUGGAGUCUGGACUGACACUACUUCCAUUCAAGAGACAUUGAAAAAAGAAAUUUUAUUAGAGGUUACAUGUUGCCAUUUCCAACAAGUACUAUGUGCUGGCACACAAGUGCCUUUUUUAUGUUUUUCUCAACAAAUGUAUGACAUGGCUAAAAAGUGCGUACUGCCAGAAUAAUGCAUGAAUUACUACUCUAAAUCUGUACAGACUAACUGUACGCAUAACAGUCAACUUUGAAACUACCAGUUACCUGCAGCAAUCCUUAUACUGUAUGCCUUAGUCAUGCUUCCCUGUAUCCUCUGUAGACCAGAUUAACUUUUGUAUAUUAAUCCAUGUAAUAAAGUAGUAAUUAUUCUA